ACUCAGCGCCGGGCUGCAAUGGGAUUUGCGGGCUGCGCUAUUUCCUCGUCAGACACAGGUUCGUAGCUGGCGCAGGAUAAGGCCUGGCCGCUCGCCAAGCGGAGGCUUCGCAACCUGUCAGGGGCCAAGAUGCUGGAUGAACUUGAGUCUGAGCUCUUCUACGGCGCGCACCAGGGGAGUGUUGCUGCCUGUGCAAGGGCGGUGGCGCAAGGUGUGGACGUGAACGUCCGCACCAAGGCAGACCUUGACAGUGUCGGUGUCGGCGCCACUGCUUUGCACGUGACAGCUGUCCGGGGCCAUGAGGACGUGGCAGCCGGUUUGCUGCGGGCAAAGGCGGAUGCCCUGGCCCUCUCAGGCCGCGGGGAGACGCCAGUGCAGCUGGCUGCAAGGAACGGCCACGUGGAGGUGGUGAAGGUGUUGCGCGCCGCUGGCGCAGUUCCUCUGCAGGCUGAGGGCAUCUCAAAGCUGAUGGGGCAAGCGCCAGCAUCUUGGCGCGAUGGGCAGCGCAAGAAGUUGCGACGAGCCCUGGGUGACGACAGGAGAAGGUAGCCACUGUCAUCGUUCUCACCGUCAGGGCAAGAGGCAGAAGGUGGACUUUUUCCUCGCCCUGCUGCUUUCUUUCGCUGACCCAGCGAUAGCCGCCGCGCGUGUUGCUUUGCCAGGGCAGGGGCAACACCCAGGACAUGUGAAUGGCAGAAAACAAGCGCGGACGACUUGCGGGGGCGGGGAGUGCCGGC